AUGGCAGGGUACGAUUGUAUCAAGGUGAGUCUGUGUUUUGCAAAAUUUGUGCGGCUAAAUAUUGUUCUCCUGAGAUUUUUUGCAUAGUUCAAUUCUCUACUCAUUCUGUAGUACGAGCCAAAUCAUGGCGAAUGUGUGUCGAAUUUCACACGUGCGGUAUGGAAAGAAGCCCUACGUGACCUCCAGAAGCUUAACUUGUUUUCUUGAACAGAUAGCUUCGGCUUUCAUUAGCUCAGCUCUUUGUGCUCGUGAAUGUAACCAACGUCCUUCCGCCAAUGUUACUUAGUCAGAUCUGUCAGUCACUGCUGACCGUCACUUAGAUGUCCCGUGAAUGGAGGUUAAAACCGGGUUUCAGGACCCAGGAAAGUGCCCCUUUCCCCUGAAUAGAGGUGUCCUUUUAAUAGAGGUAACAGAUACAAAGAUUAUGUGAACAUUUUUCUGGGACCGAUUAUUGUGCCCCGUGAAUGGAGUUGCCCUGGAAUAGAGGUGUUCCAAGGGAGAGGUGUCUGCUGUACUUAAAUCAAUCUAUGAGGUUUCGCUCAUGAAAAGUUCAGCAUCUGAACCAGGUCCUUUAUAGGUGUUUGCGAAUAACAGUAUGUAAUCUUUUAUUUUUUUGUUUGUUUUGUUAAAAAAUGAUGUGAACAGGAUAAGAUUUGAAAUAAAGCAAAUCUGAAGCAAACGUAAGUGUUAUAGGUCUUUGCCCCAUCAAGAUCCAAAUCAGCAACAAAAUAACACUAAUUCACUACUUUCACAUUAACCAUAAUACACCUUGUUUAGCCCCCAAAAUUUUGCAUAAAUAUUGUUUUCAAGUUCUCUUGGGAAGAUUGUAAAAUAUCCCAAGGGAAAUUGGAAACAAUGCUUAUGCAAAACCUUUGAGGGGUAAUCAAGGUGUAUGAUGGGAAUGUGAAAGGAGCGAAACCAAUAAGAAAAUCAGCAGAAAAUCACUACAUGUGGCCAAAUGACAAAGUGCCCUCUCUUAAAUGCUCCUUUUCGUGGGCCAUGCAGCAAAGUGCGGCUGUCAGUGGAAUUUACAUUUGCAGCCUGCAAUAUGAUUUCAUGUUAACAAUCUUUCCCUAUGAAAUAGAUUUGUACAAUUUGGCCUUUUGCAUUGAUAAUAAUGAUAUAAUCACAUGACUUUUGUCAGGCAUAUAGUUUAUUUGAGUCCCUUGUAGCAUCAUUUGCACCCUCACUCCGCUCGGGCACAAAUGAUACUACCAGGGCCACAAAUUAUAAACCAUAUGCCCUCCAAAAUUAAAGUCAUGUGAUUGUCCUAUUAACAUUGUCACUGGAAUAAGCAAUGACACUGUUGGUAAGAGUGUAAGUAAUUCUUUACCGACUGCUGCAACCCAGGAAUCUCUGUCCACUUAAAUUAACUUUUGCUGUUUGCAGGCAGAACCAAUUAAUUUACUAUACGUUUGUGAGUAUAUUUUGUGUAUUGUGAAUGAAUGAAUAAAUCUAUUAAUAAGUCACUGUAUAUUGUAUAUACAUCUGAGUUAUGAUUCAUUGCUUUUCAAUUGAAUAGUUAGUUACGGGUACUAUUUAUUAAUUCACGUGUGUUUUCUAAGACGGAAGCUUUUUGCAUAACAAAUCACCAUUGCAUCUCUUGUAUACGCGCAUGUGUGUUAUCUUCUAAGCCUCAUUUGUGACAAUCAAUGUGAUUUUUUUCCGAAAAUGUUAGGUUUUCCCGUAAUUAACAAUUCAGUCUUGUAAUAAUGAAUGGGUCUCGGCUUAUAGCCGGGUGUUUUCGAUUUAUUUUUGGUUCUCGUUAUGCUGAGUCGACACGUUCAAAGUUUGGGGUCUCGGCUUAUAGCCGAGAUCGGCUUAUAGUCGAAUAAAUACGGUAAUAGUUUGCUUCCGAGAGUACACUGCUGCACUUUUUCUGAGGAGAUACUUUUUCAGGCAAAAACAGUUGACUGUCUAUUAUAGACUGCAUGUAAGUUAUUUUUUUGAUAGAAUUUUUAUCUAUAUGUUUAAUUUGCUCAGAUUCCAGAUAACUAUGAAGGUUAUUCUCUGGACAUGUUCUGCAUACCAAAACAUUAUGAAAAUGAUGUAGAAUCCAUUUUGAUACCUAAGGGGUUGAUAACUGACAGGUAAGCAGUCACCAUGUGAGACAUGGUGUGAUUUUGAAGAGCGUACUCAUGAGUUUCCUGAGGCCUGUUAAUUUGAUAUGCAGCAUUGAACACCAUUGCACAUGGUAAACUUAAUUGUAUCAAAAACCUGAAAAACUAGAAAUGACUGUAUUGACCAAGGUAGCAGGAAAACAGGGCUUAAAAAGUCUUAUCUUGUUGUGCAGGACAAUAUCAAACUACCAUAAACUGCUGCUUAUAUAAUAAUUUUUGUUAUUUUUGGAUCUUUGUAAGGGGUUUUAGGAGGGUAAAAAGUGGAGGGGCUUUUAAUAAAGCCUCUAAAUGUGAUAAUAAGAAGUUCUAGCUUUUAUAAUAUAUAAAUUUACACGUAAUAAAUAAACUGGUUCAAGACUUCAGAAGUAGUGCAUCAUUUUAUAUAAUUACUACAGCUCUGUUUCGAGUGGCCAAAAGAUGACCACACUCAUCAGGUAAUAUCAACGACUGACCAUUAGAUUACAACAACUGGCAAAAAAAGCGGAAAUACGGUUGCUAUGAGAUAUAAACACAGCAUUAUUUUAUGAUAUAAAUCAUGUGAUUGCUAUUUAUAAUUUGGGGGAGUGUGUUACUUUUUUUUUUAAUUUGUAUUUAUAUUUUAUAGUUUUGGUUCAUUUACAUAGUCUAAAUUUUGAAUAAUGUGAUUUUUCAUCUUUGCUUUGAUAAAUUGAUAGAAUCGAAAGGUUGGCAAGGAAUAUAUGCUGUGAUGUUGGAAAAGGCCCUCUUGUAGGACUAUGUGUAUUAAAGGGUGGAUAUCAGUUUUUUGGAGAUCUCAUGGAUCGUAUCAGAACAAUCAAUGCUAGUGGAGGUGAAAAAAAGUUUUGAUUAUUUUUUUCUAUGCACAUGCUUCACUCAAAUAUUUCUUAUACGAAUUUUGUUCAAUAUUUUACUGUAUCACUAGUGUACCCUUUUUAUGACUUGAAUAAGAACAGAAAUAUUUCUUCACACGAAACUCUUUCUUUUCUUAAUUUAUGACAGAGAAUUCAGUCCAGAUGUCUGUAGACUUCAUCCGAUUAAAAAGCUAUGAGGUAAUUAUCUUAAAUGAUGUUUAAAUAAUGUUUCACUUUGGUAGGUAUAAUAGAAGUUAAGGCUAAUGGUGGUGUUUGUGUGAUGUUACAGGUCAAAAUUAUUAUAUUUAGGUUAAAUCUUUAACCUACCAGUAGGUUCAUUCUCAAUUUCCUUUCUCUCCUAACCCUGAUUAUUCAUGAGUUAGGCCUAGGAGACAAAGAGAUUGAGAAUCAACCUGGAUUAAAGGAAAUUUGACCUGAAUUUAAUUUUGACUUGUAACAUAUACACAGAUGGACUUAUUGUCAUCACUGACUGUUUUUUUGUUCGGUUUUGUAGGAUGAUCAUUCGUCAGGCGAAGUCAAGAUUAUAGGAAGUGAUGAUCUGUCAUCAUUAACUGGCAAGGUACUAAGUGAAAAUCUCUUUGUAACUAGUUUAUGUAAGUGGGGCAUAUCUGUCUAUGUGGACUAGAACAAGUUGAAAGGAUCUACAACCAGUUGCAAAAAUGUUGAGACACUCCGAUGAAAAAACGACCUUUGUUGCUUCAAAUCGCCACUAUAAAGUCACAAGUCUGUGAGGUAUAAUACUGACCAACCCCCGUCCCUUACAUUCCAAGUUAUUCCGCCAAGUUUUGAGCAUGGUCUUGUAUUGCUUGCAACUCUGGGUUGGGACAUCGGAUGUUAAUGUGAUCUUCCAGGUAUAAACGCUUGCCGUGAUGGGGGGUAGGGCAGAGCUGAUGAGGUGGGACUAGAUGGAGUAUUUCUCAGUAGUCCAGGAGUCAAACUUGGCCAAUUUUCUAAAAAAAAACAAAUAAAUCUCUGUUGGGUUUUAAACUAAAUUUGUCUAAGUUAAAAAUGUUUUUUGCAUACCUAUAAAACCUCUAAACAAGAUAGGAUAAUUUAUGCCGGGUUUAUGUUACUUGAUUUAUUAUUAUUUGUGCUCACAACUUGAAAAUCAGUUCUUCCCACUUCUCUAUGCAAUUCCUCACUCUCUUUGACUUGUUUAAUCCCAGUCACAUAUUUAUUUCUAAAUCUCAAUGAUUGAACCCAAAUUUUAUGAGAAACAAGUCUUGAUCCAGUGUCAUGUUUCUCUAAAUAUUUUUACCAUUUGACUUGAAGGUAUACAGAACAGCAGGUAUAAAAGUUACUUGCUUGAUUACUAACUCAUUUUUUGGUGUGUAUGUGGUUGUUUUUGUUCUCCUUAGCAUGUUCUAGUUGUUGAGGUAAGCUUUUAAAGUUUUGUUUUAAGAUAUCAACCUUUUCAAGGGAAUGUACAGUGGCAUUUAAUGUUGUUAAAUAUGUAUGUUGGAGAUUACCACCUAUUGAUACAAUAUGACAUAGUACCUUAAAGGAAUCCAAGUAUGUUAUUUCCAUCCUAAAUGUAUUAGUUAGUAAAAAAAAUUUACAUUCUUAGGAUCUAAGUAUCUAGCUUUCUUGCGACAUCUAGCUCAUGAACUAAGGGUUCAUCGAUUGAUCGUUUUUAUGAAUACGCAAAAGUUUUGUCACAAAUUUCUUGUGCCGUGUCUUUUUUGGCCUCUUAGCCGCUGCAUGCAUUGAGACAUUGAUUUUAAUGAGCAGAUUUCUAGCUAUCGCAAAGCAAUGAAUGCCAAAUUGAGUGAUUUUUUAGUUUAUUCCUUUAUUUUCAUUCUGGAAUAAUUAUGGUCAAUCAAAUGUGCCCUAAGUAAUCCAGUACUUUAUUUUUAAACAGGACAUUGUGGAUACAGGAGCUACUAUGAAAAAACUUCUAAACACAUUGACCAAAUUUAAACCUGCCUCUAUUAAAGUAGCAAGGUAUGGUUUUGUCUAUAUCAUUGUUAUAUAAUUAUGUUUUUUACCUUCUCUAGAUGGAAGAGAUAGCAUGGCCAAUGUGGUUGGAGCUCUGGACUUGAAAACCAGAGGCCCCAAGUUCAUAUAUUACCCCUGCCCUAAUUGCCAUCGGGAUUUUUUUUACCAGCUUUUCUGGACACAGGCCGGCCCAGAGGGAAUGUGCACGAAUGGGACUCAGGUCCCGUGCGAGGUGCCAUCCCUACCCAAUCCCACAACCCGUAAAUAGGGCGGCCACACCAUCGGGGUCUACAACCCCUUUUCUUUUUUAAUCUUUCUCGGUAGUCUCGAGGUCAGCUCCUCUGUCAUACUUAUAAAUAACCAACUGUUUUGCCUUUGGCCAGUUUGGAUUAUGUCUAUUUUCAAAUGUUUGUUUCUGUCUUUAUUUUGUAGGCUACAAUAAAAACUACUGGGUUACCAGUAGUGUGUUACCCCUUUAUCUUAUGUAUGGGUGUCAUAAGUGACCACCCAUCCAAAUGUCAAAGUCAGUUCUCACCAUCAAAGUAUUUUAGUUGGAAACUCUUGUUAUAAGCAACUACUGGGUACUAAAAAGGUUUCUUUGGGAAAAGGGGGGAGGAAAACUUGUUGGUUAAUGUAUCGAGGAGGAAGCUAUCAUUUAUUGUCCUUGUUGGUCUUUUGCUAAAUUGGAUUUGCACUUGCCCUUGUUGCUGUCUUGGUUUCAACCUAUCUUUGUGUUGUUUGUGGCCAUUUUAUCUGUCUUAUGUUGCUCUCUUAAGGCAAUGUAGCUUGUCAGAAUUUACCCUAACAGUGCCUCAAUUUUUUUAAAACAAAGGAAGGAUAUGAAGUAGAUAAAAAAAAUUGUGUCUCCAGUAAUUAAUCAUCUUUUCAUUAAUGUUUGUUAGCUUGUUGGUGAAAAGAACACCUAGGAGUACUGGAUAUCGCCCAGACUGUAAGUCUAAGUAAUUUUGUGAAUUAUUUGUUGUUUGAUAAUAUUGUUUUUGUACCUUUUAUGUUCUGAUUCAUAGUAUUUGAAAGGAUUGAUGAUGUCGCAGUGAUAAGUUGCAGCCGCCAUGUAAAAAACCUUCCAGAAUGGGGAAAUAACUGAGCGCUGCAGGGAAGAAACCUUUUUACUAGAUUCACAGAUUCAAAAAAAAUAAAACCACCUUGUACAGGAUACAGAUUAUUUAACAGCACUACAGGAAAGAACUACUUAGUAUCUUUCACUAAAAUGUUCAGACUUAAGAAUCUUUGUACAGUAAACAAACAACCACAGAAAAGCACUGCUCAGUAGCUUGUAUUUGAUUGAUUUACCAUAUGGCUUCCACCACCUUGUUGCUGCAUUGUGAAAGAACAUGUAUUCCAGGAAAGUAUAAUGUACUGAUCUGUAGCAUUCAUUUGAACACUUUGACACUUUGAUCCUGCCUUUUUGAUGUUGUUUGCGUGGUGAGAAUUUUGUUUCCUUCAGAUUUUUGGCUUUGACGGUGAUGACAUUAAGGAAGCUUAUUUUGACUCUGCUUUCUUUCAGAUAUUGGUUUUGAGAUACCUGAUAAAUUUGUUGUUGGUUAUGCUUUGGUGAGUUUAUCUACAAUUAUUUAAUGAUUAAGUAGAAAUAUAUACAAGUUACAACCACACCAUCGAAGCAUCCACCUAAAUUUGUUACUACAGCCAAAUUAUUUUGGCUAUAACUUAAAGAGGGUCAAUCAUUUUCUUGUUAUUAAAAUCUUGUUAAAAAGACCAAAUUUUAGCAGCUUAGCAUGAACAAAGUUUUUUACAGGGAGACUCCGCCCUGAGGUCCAACCCCUUACCCUCUUAUAUACUAUGUGUGACAGAAAAGGUGCCCCUUGCUCAUCCUUUCCAUACAUUCUUGCAUUGUAAUUUAAUUAAAUUCCUAAAACAGAGAGCCUUUUUGUCAUUUUCAUGUAAAGUUAAAUUAAGGCACUUCUUUUCGAAAUAUUUCAAUAAAAUGGCCUUUAAGAGUAUUUAAAUGCUAGAUUUUUCUGCCUUUCCAUAUACUUCAACUCGUGAAUCCCCCACAAACCUUUGGUAUACAACUGUAGUUCCUGAAGUGUGAAAAAGGUAUCCUGUUUGGGUGGAGCCUCCUCUUUGACUGUAACACAAAAUAAGUUGGUAAAAGUGUUAUUGACUUCAUUCUAUUUAAUUUUUGUUCUGCAGGAUUACAAUGAGUAUUUCAGAGAUCUCAAUGUAAGUAAUAAAAAAAAAAAUGAACGGUUAUAUCAAUCAAGGAGACUGUGUUCAGCUGAAUUCAAUAUAUCCAGAUAUGUUUAGGACUGAAAAAAAUGUUCCUCAAGGUUCUGUAGUUUUGUCAAAUUUGAAGUAAUAUGCUUUGAGUGACAAAAAACACACUACAACAAAAAACAAAGCAAAACCUGCAUAUUUCACUCCUGGGCCUAAGUGAAUAUUAACUCAUUUUGUGAUCAGAUUGCAAAAAAAUGCCACAUGGCAAAAUGUCAGAAAGGCCAUUUAGGGCAAAGUGUCUUCGGGAGAAAUGCCGUUAAUAAGUGACCCCAAUAAUUUAUUAUCAGUCAAAGUGAUUUUGAUUAAUGGAUUAUCUUUUUUAUCAACAGCAUAUAUGCAUCAUCAGUGAAACUGGAAAAAAGAAGUAUGCCGUAUAGUGAAAUCAAAAGAUAGUUUAAAAAAACAUAGUUACUGUGGAUGAUGUCUAAAACACUAUUAUUGACUGCUGAAUGGUUGUGCUCGAAAGACUGUUUGACUAUAAUAUAGGAGGUAUCCUCCUCUGUUACAUAAUAGCACUUCACAUUAAAUUGCCCAGUGCAAGGUCUUUCAAACCCUGCAUUAGUUGUAAACAGAGCUCAUGGGUUGUCAUAGUAACCAAGCCUUUUAGUUACUGUGAACUGGCUCCCCUUUGGGGGGAAUUAUGAAGGGGUGAAAAUUGGGGAGAGACUGCAUGAGAAAAAAUGGAAAAGGGGGGGGGGGAAUGGCGGAGACAGGGGUGUAGCUACCUGUAAGUACAAAACUCAUGUGCAUACCUAAAAAAGUUGAGGGUAAAAAAUUAAAAUUAAAAAAAAUAAUAAAAAUGAGAAUAAUUAAAAAUGGAAAGUGUAAAAAUUAAAACAACAACAAAGGCAAUAUAAAUUGCCUCAUUUCUGUUUAACUCUCUUUGAUUCUUUGGAGUAUUUUUCGUGAAACAAUGGACUGUUUUUUCCACACCUGAAAGUUGGAUGAUAAUUACUUAAAAUGUGUGCAGAUAGCAAGCAGGAUGGUAUAAAACAUGAGCAUGCUAUUUUUCACUCAGGCCUGUCUUUGCAGUAGACAAAGGAGCGCACGAUUAUGUCGAUGUGAGUGCUUCUGAGGGUCAAAUGUGGAGUUGGGGGGGGGGAAGAUUUGAAAAAUUGUGUGUACCUCUGGAAAAAUCCUGGCUAUGCCCCUGGGAGAGCUCCUCUGUCCUCUCCCCCCCCUACCACCCUCCCUAGCCAGUCUUCACCUGACUUGCUUCACUCACCAAGUUUUUCCUGUUUUCCACUCUAACAAGCCUGUCCCUGUAAAGCUAGGAAUAAACCUACUUCUCUGUAUCAGUCAACAGCUACUGUUUGAGUUAUUGUCAUGUUUUCUUUCAAAUGUCUGAUCUGCGGCUAUACUUUAUGAAGAUGUAAUAGAGAUAUUUUUGCCCACGUUUGUGAAGCAUAACCUAUACUGUAUCACGAGGAAAUUACUGUUGCUUCUAAUAAAAUAAAAAUCUUUUGUACAAAUAUCUAAGUAAAUGCACAUUAAUUUGACUGAUUAAAUUUACUGUUAUGUGUUCUACCCUUCCACUCCCAUGAAACCAGUAAGGUAGACUUUUUAUACAGGAGCCUAGCUUGUUCACAGACCUUCUAUUUUCUCUUUAGAGAUUAUCAAGUGCACUUAUGAAAAUAAAAGUGAGAGUUCACUUUGUACUCUCUGAAGUCCUCAAAAAAGAAUGACAAAAUGUCUGUGGACAGGCUAACAGCAGCUGAACAGAUAUUGGAAGGAAAUAAUAACGGAUUGUCAUAAUAAUGACAAAACUCCUUAACACAUACACCAAAGAGACAGGCCCAAUAAAAUUAUUACGCCAAGUCUCUUGUUUCUGCACUUGUUCUUGUGGUUGAAUUGAACAUUAUUUGUAGACAUAACAAAACCUGAUUGCAAGGAUAUAAUAUAUCUUAUCUUACGGUAAUUGAUCCUAAUAUUAUUAGGAUCAAUUUUUGCUUCCUAUCUUCUUGGUCGUCUCUGUGAUGGACCUUACUUUGGUCCAUCACAGAUGACGACCAAGAAGAUAGCAAAUGAGCUGAAAGUCCUUACCCUUGGAAAUGAAUAUUUUAAUCCAUUUCAAAGGCAGCAUAGCCUUACAGUAAAGAGAACCCAUAGGGGGAACUCCUGGAAAUUCUUGGUGGUGCCACGGGUUGGGAAACUGAGUGAAUCAGGGUCCAUUUAGGUCAUUAUACUUAGCAGACUGACCUGAAAGUUGAUUCACUCAGUUUCCUAACCCUAAUCAAUGAAGUUCAGAGUCAUUUGGUAGGGGGUCUCAAGGGUUUUAGGGGUCUUUGUUUCAAAGACACCCCCCGAAAAGGUGUAAAAACCAUACCCUUCGGGGUGGCACAUACCCAUAUGACUUAUGUCAGGGAGUACUCCCCCGAGAAGAGAACCCACAAAAGAGAAAAUGAUCUGGAUGGGUGCGUUAACUUCUUUCAUCUUAGGUGCCAUUAGCUUAUGCAUCAGUCAAUUCCAGGGCUAAUUUCUCCCCAGGCAAUUGUGGGGCAUUUACCUGCUGAAUUAAUUUAUGUUUCUGGGCAACCGAGCCCGGCCUCUUAUAACAGGACCCGUUUAGUAGACAGGGUAAGGGUACGACAAUAAUGAAACAGACCUGGUCCCAGGGUGGGGUAUGUGCAAAUUUUGCGAGGCCUAGGGAUCAGGCAUUUGCCAACCCUGCGGCCACUCCCACGCCUUUGGUAUGCACGUGCCCUCCUAUCCAAACAAAACUAACCAUGGAGGAUUUUAAGGAAACACUAGCACAUUCCGAGAUUAGCUCAUCUGUCACCCCAUGGAUAAUCCAUGGUAACCCCACCAGACCCACUGCAACAUUUCCCUUUUUAGUGUACCUUACAUGACGGAUUUGAUGACGGAUAUACUUUCAAGAGGUCUGGGAUCGAGUACUUUUCAAAAUGGCGCAGGUAGGAAUCCCUAACAGAGUUUUCGGCCGAUUUGUUCGCCCAUUACAAAGACUAGUUUUAAACUAUUGCCAACGUGGUGGAAGCAGCAGAGGGAUAAGGUAAUUCGCAUAUUCUUGAAAUAACCAAUUUAUUUACGGUAACGAUUUUAACCCAAAUCUCCGCAUGUGUUUUUCCAGGGAAUACAUAGACAAGAAUGUCGUGGAGUUCGCAAAGAACAACCCAGAAGUUACUAUUUAUGUCCGAGAAAGAAACGGAAAGCAUCCUAGGAUAGUCGCGAAUUUUAGUAAGUGUACUUUUCGUUUGAAUAGCUGGGAAAUGUAAUAAGUGUUGUUUCUUUAUUCUCUGCUGUCUUUUGUUUUAGUAAAUGGCAACAGUAAGAUAGUCGAGGUAAAAAACAAAACGCCAGAAGAGAUAAAGGAGUGGGUUGAAAGACUCAGGAAUGAAUCAGGAGUAAAACUACAGAAAAUAAGACAAUUUUGGCACACAGAAAAUCCAUCCAUACAGGGAACUUGGACUCCCUUCUUAAACAAGCCACCAUCACUUAGACGUUCAACUGUACAUCACCUUGCAGCAGAAAAACAAGCAAGCAGUUGA